UAUAUGUAUUAUAUAUACACACAUUACAGGCGUAACUCUUCUACUUCCCAACCAUUCUAUAAUCUUUGUUCUUCCGGCCAAUCAAAAUGGAUGACAAACUAAGACUAGCCGUCGGAAUUUUGGGAAACGGAGCUUCCUUGCUGCUCUAUACAGCUCCAGUAUUAACAUUUUCGAGGGUGUUUAAGAAGAAAAGCACAGAACAAUUCUCAUGUUUUCCUUACGUUAUGACACUCUUCAACUGUUUGAUUUACACUUGGUACGGUUUACCGAUUGUGAGCCAUCGAUGGGAGAAUUUUCCUCUUGUCACCAUUAAUGGAGUUGGCAUCGUUCUUGAAUCAAUCUUCAUUUUCGUAUAUUUCUGCUACGCGUCGCCCAAUGAAAAGAUUAAGGUUGGUGUUAUAUUUGUUCCGGUGAUGGUUGUGUUUGGGUUAACAACGGCAAUCUCAGCCGUGGUGUUUGACGACCACCGUCACCGCAGAUCAUUCGUCGGAAGUGUUGGCCUCGUGGCUUCUAUCUCCAUGUAUGGUUCUCCUCUCAUCGUUAUGAAAAAAGUGAUAGAGACAAAAAGUGUGGAAUACAUGCCGUUUUACUUGUCACUCUUUUCAUUUUUGGCUAGCUCUCUUUGGCUGGCCUAUGGUUUACUUAGCCAUGAUCUCUUUCUUGCGUCACCUAAUAUGGUGGGGACUCCAUUGGGGAUUCUCCAACUUAUCAUCUAUUUUAAGUACAAGAACAAGGGGCCGCCAAUUACAACAACGGUGGUGAGCAAAUGGGACGAGGAGAAGAACAAGAGUAAACUUGAGCUUGUAGUUGACGUUGAUCAUGAUGGUGAUGGUAAUGACAAUGAGAAGAAGUUCAUGAAUGCAUGUUAGUUCGCUUUCAGCUUUAUCAGUUUUAACUUUCUUGGAUGUGUUUUCCUCCUCCAAAAACUAUGUGUGAAUCCAUCCAGAGAUGUUACGUCACCGUCAAGGUCUCGUGGGCUGUGCUUUCAUUACAUGAUGUUACAUCUCUAUUCUUGAUCAUGUGAAUAAAAACAAGAAGAGUUUUUGUCUUCGACGACAAAAGA